ACUGGUUUCUGUAGGAUGCUAAAGCGUGCAAGUGCAUACACUGUAUGGCAGUGCAGACACAGCAACUACUGAAUUGAAAGCGUGAGUCAGUUGAGUAAGGUACAACCAGCUCAGGUUCCGCCAGCGCUCUGCGGCGAAAAGGCCAGUUUCUUGUAUGUCGUGAAUCGCCAAUCGGGUGUCUCUUCGCCUGUCAAAGGUCUCGCAUUUUGGUCUCACGUUUUGGUUUCCGAGCUGUGUACUCUUUAGUUGCAAUCUCUACUAAUUCGCUACGACUUCGCAGUUGCUGAACCAGCUAUCCGUUCGUCACUUAUGGCGCGUCACCAUGCUUCUCCCUCGCGGCUCGGCGUCGUCUUCUUGGCGCUCUUCGCGGCGCUGUUUGCGGCGCUUCUUGCGGAGCCGUGCUCCGCGGACGGCAGCGACUCCCCUCUGUACGACGGAAAGACCGGCGCGAAGAAGCUUAUAGCGGGGAUGAAGAAGAAGGGCUACAACACGGCGCUCUCCCUCUUCGAAUCCACAGGUAUAGCCAAGGAGCUUCCCACCGCCCUCAGCUACUACCGCCUCACCAUCCUCGCGCCUACGGACGAGGCGUUCGCCAAGCUUCCCGCGAGCGCGACCAAGGGCCUGAGCAAGGCGGCGCUGAGGGAUCUGGCGAUGCUGCAUAUCGUGAAGGGGAGGAGGGAUGCCGCCACCCUCGUUCGCAUGCAGAGGGAGCACGAGUGGCGCACCCCGUCCAAGAAUGGCGAGGCGGGUCUCUUCAAAUCCACAGAGAUGAGAGUCAAGCCAGUGAAGCUGCAUGCAGAGGGGGGCAAGAACGUGACUAUAACGAAGCCGGACUCCCUGCUGUUGACGAUCUCAGCCGUCCACGGCAUCGACCGCGUGAUCGUUCCGGGCGGCAAGCUGACCGGCCCGAAGAAGAAUCUGUCGCUGAAAGAGUGUUUGGAUUUGAGCAAUGGGGAGGAGGACAUGGAUUAUGACAAUUGAAGGGGCAUUGUGCCGGUUUAGGAGAGCAAGCUGCAAGGCGAGUGGAGAGUGAAGAGUGAAGAGUGAAUUGCUGCUGAAAGAGUGCUUGGAUCUGAGCAAUGGGGACUAGGACAUGGAUUAUGACAAUUGAAGAGGCAUGGGGAAGGAAAUCGACACGCAAGGACCGCAUUCAUGAGCCAGGAAGGAGUGCUUGGGUUGGGACCUGAGCAAUGGUGAGGACGAUAUGGAUUGCGACAAUUGAAGAGGGGCGGUGAGGCGAAAGGUGGGGAGGAACACAUUAGGGCAAUGCACGUGGAUGGGCCGAGGGAUCACGGCGAUUGCCUGAGAGAGUGUUUGGAUAUGUGCUAUGGGGAGGCGGUCGAUGGAUUAUGACGACUGAAUAGGGGCGGUGAGGCGAUCAGCUGGCAGGACAUUGCAUGGCCGGCAAUAAGCUGUGCUGCUAGUUCCAAGCGCCGGUACAUGUGCUGUACAAGGGGCUCUAUGGUUCUGCAGUGUAGCAUGUGAAGAAAUUACCCGUAGACUACUGACGUACCGUAACAAAAAAGAAUUGCAUUACCU